AUGUCUUGUGUGAUUGGCAUGCGUAUUCAAAUUCGCCUAGACAAUUAUCUAUUUUUUCAAAAAUUUUGGGAGUUUUGUGAAAGUUAUGAAUCUCGUGCACAAACCAACCUCGACUUUUCUACUGUUACAGCCGCAUCAAAAUGCUGUUGGUGGUCGUUUUUUUCGGUGUAUGAAUAUAAAAUACCUGCUUUGGUACGCAAACUUGGAUGUUUUAUGAGUCUUGAGCCACUCUUCUAUCCACGGAAGCAUGCCACCAAGAACUUUUCAAUCUGGAUGUGCCCACUAUUCCGACAGGAGACAGCCCUUCAAGACACUAAGAGACCAAGGGUCGUGCGGCUUUGA